AUGGUGCUUGACAAGUUGAAAAGUUUAGCAAUUGAUCAAGAAUCCUUAAAAGCAGCAGCUCCAGCGGCUCCAGCUGGGAAACCUCCUUCAAAGAAACAAAUUUAUCAAAGUAGAUAUAAUUUUGGUGUAAAUUUUGGUUCAUUAUUUGUUUUGGAGAAAUUCAUAUUUGAUAAAUUUUUUAUUGAUAACACAAGCUGUGAAUUAGAAGCAAUUACUGCUUAUUCAAAGAAAAAUGGUGCUGAGAAUACCCAAAAGGAAUUAGAAGAUCAUUGGAACAAUUAUGCUACUGAUCAAGAUUGGGAAUGGUUAAAGAGUAAAGGUGUUACAGCUAUUAGAAUUCCAAUUGGUUAUUGGCAUGUUAAUGGGGGUUCAUUUGCUAGUGAUACUCCAUUUGCAAAAGUUGCUGGUGUUUACAAGAAUGCUUGGAGUAUUUUCAAAAACAUUGUCGCCAAAGCAAAACAAUAUGAUAUUGGUGUUUUGAUUGAUUUACAUGCAUUACCAGGUGGUGCUAAUGCUGCAGAACAUAGUGGUCAACAAUUAUCCAAAGCUGAAUUUUGGAAAUCUAAGAAAAAUGAAAAACUUGCAUUAUCUGUAUUAGAAUUUAUUGCUCAAGAAUUCAAAAAUGAAGAAAAUAUUGUUGGUUUACAAAUUGUUAAUGAAUCAGAAUUUGAUAAUACUGCAGCUUCUCAAAAACAUUACUAUACAAAAGCUGUUAAACAUAUUCGUAAUAUUGAUCCUGAAAUCCCAAUUGUUAUCUCUGAUGGUUGGUGGCCAGAUCAAUGGGUUAAAUGGGUUGUUGAAAAUGAACAAGAUUUGAAAAAUCAAUCUGUUGGUAUUGUUAUUGAUCAUCAUGUUUAUCGUUGCUUUUCAGAUGCUGAUAAGAAAAAGGCACCAGAACAAAUUAUUAAAGAUUUGAAUGGUGAUUUAUUAACCAAUUUAUCUGGUCAAGCUGAUGUAAUGGUUGGUGAAUAUUCAUGUGUUUUAGAUGGUGAUUCUUGGAAUAAAGCUGGUGGUGAUCGAAAUGAAUUAGUCAAACAAUAUGGUAAUGAAUUAUCAAAAUUAUUUUAUCAAAGAGCAGGUGCAGGUUCUUAUUUCUGGACUUUUAGAUUUGAACAUGGUGAUGGUGGUGAAUGGGGGUUUGUUCCACAAGUGGAAACAGGUGCUAUACCAUCAAGACCAACACAAGUUACUCAAGUUCCUCCAGAAGAUGAAGUUAACAAGAUUUUAGAAAAUGAAUUGAAUCAACAUUCUCAAUAUUGGGAUGGACAGAAUAAAAAUGAAAAAUAUGAACAUUGGAGAUAUAAAGAAGGUUUCAUUACUGGCUGGGCUGAUGCUAAUGAAUUUUCUAAAUUUGAUGGUUCAACAAUUGGUAGAAUAAAUGCAUGGAAAAUUGCAAGAAGAAAUGAACACAUUUCUCAUAGAAAAAACUCAAACUUUUUGUGGGAAUGGGACCAAGGUUUCGAUAAAGCUGUUUCUAUUUUCAAUCAAGUUGCAUUUAGUUAA